AUGUGUGCUGCAACUGAGCAACCCCCCACCAAACGCCGACGCCUGUCUCCGCCAGAACCCGGUCCGUACGUUCUGCGCAAUGUCCUCGAGGAUGUUCCACUAGACACCGAAGACGGGCGACAGGACGUUUCGAUUACGUGCGUCGAGUACUGGAAUAACAACUUGUACAUCGGAACCUCGGCGGCAGAAAUCCUCCACCUUGUUGCAAUACCCUCCGAUGAUGAAGAUGACGCCGCUUCUGUCACCUUCAUCCUUGCAUCGCGACUUCAGCCCAGCGGCCAUGCUGCCUCCAAUGACUCGGACGCUGCCCCAGGUAUCCAACAGAUCCUGGUUUUCCCAGGUCCAUUGAAAGCGUGUGUCCUAUGCAACGGAGUAGUUUCAUUUUAUUCACUUCCCGAGUUUAGCCCAGCGUUUCCAAAUAGGGAGCCCACCGGAGUGCAAUGGAUCGGUGGACUAGACGAAAAUGAGGACAAGGAGAACCCGGAAGGCCCAGUGGUCAUGAUUGCAAACACUAGACGCAUUCUACAGGUCAGAGUUGGCGAUAGGUUGAGGGCAAUCAAGAACAACAUAGAGUAUCCCGGUUGUUUACGGUCCAGCAGGCGAGAGACCAUCGCUUGCGUUGCCGACGAUACUAGUUAUGCUCUACUAGAAGUCGAACAUCAGCAGAAAAUUCCCUUAUUCCCUAUAUCAUCGCAGCCUCAGGUGGAAGAGAUAGCUCCCACUCCUAGCCGAUCUCCUGCCACUUCUCCACCCCCUGCUGAUGCAGGCCAUGGGAGAAGCACAAGCAUGGGAAAUCUCAUUGGCACCUCCAGCAACCGUCGUGACGAAUCCCAGACUCGAGGGCCUACAUCUCACCAGCUUGUACCGUCUACUUCAAGUCCUAACCAAGGAAGCCGAACGCAGUCUCCAGCUCCCACUUCUGCCGCCACGGACGCCGAUGGAAGUCCAAAACCCCGUCCACGAGCUGCAACCGAUAGCACUCCUGCAAAGACUGCCGGCUCGGCCAGUCAGAAUUCGUUGCAAAUGCUCAAACCUCAUGUCCUUUCCCCGUUUCCCAGUGAGUUCAUGCUAACGACAGGCACUGCUGAAACAGAACCAGGAGUGGCUAUGUUUGUGAACUUGGAUGGAGAUGUUGUUCGUGGAACAAUUGAGUUUGAAAUAUACCCAGAAGAUCUUCUGGUGGACAAUUUCUCUGUCCCAGAAAAUCCCACUGGCCCAUUGCCGGACGGUGAAGGUCAAAUUGUAUUUGCACUCAUAAGGAAACCUAAGGAGCAGGAUGUUGUUAGAGGUCUUGAGGUCCAACAAUUACAAAAUGCUGCGGAGCUUGUUCAUCCGAAAACAUGGGUACAUUUACCUGAAGUGAAGUCUUCAAAACCGCCAAAGGCUGGUCUGCGUCACACUCUCAGCAGCCAUUUGUACUGCUUUCGAAUUGCGAGAGAUUUACUUCAACUCGUCCCAUUAUCUCUUGGGCCCCUGAGAUCACGGCAGGAACAAGAUCCCAGGACGCAAUCUGCCGUUGAGCAGCUCGAGCAGGAACGGGCACUCUUCGAAAGUGUCUCAACUUUAACGCCGGUCGAGACAUCAGUUGAACUAGUGACCAAGCGAGCUACGGAAGAACACAAAUUUGCAAGUCGUCUAGGGAGGGCGUAUACAAAGAAUCUGGUAUUCCAGGGAAGAGGUCUAUUCAUGAUCCUCCAGAAUCCAUUAAUCUCGCAGCUGGAGUAUCGAUUGGCACAGCAAAUGGUGGAUGGAAGCUUUUUGCAUGUCAAACCCAGCAACAUAUUUGGCUUUUUAGCGAGUAUUCAUGGCCGUGAGCCGAAGGACGAAACUGAAUUCCUAACGCUCAACUACAUUAAGCAGAAAGCCAGCCUCAUACUCUUCUUAUACUUGCAGUCGCAUCUGUCAGCAGUCGAUAUCCUAAGAGCCGUGGAGAACACCUUGCACGAUGGUGGUCUUGAUCCACGAGUACCACUCCUGCUCCUCCCACCCUUGGCGGCAGAAGUUCUGUAUGGUGCCGAAGGUAUUUGGCUUCACCAAGGAAUGACGGAUCUUCUCCAAGGCUUUGAGCAUAAGAUCUCAACUUUCGAGGAUGCUCCCAUUGACUUCUGGAUGAUGAUCCGGCAUUUCUUAAUGCUCUGGCAGGAAAAACGAGGCUAUGGGAGCAUCACUGACGAGAAACAUGUCUUCGACUCUGUGGAUGCUGCACUGUUGCACGUCUUGCUCCACCUCGAUCAAGCUCUACCAAGUGACAGUGGUGCUCAAAAAUCGGUCAGAACCAAGCUGAACAACGUCGUUGAUCACUGGAAGGGUGACUUCGAUCGAGCAGCCUUCCUCUUAGAGAGAUACAAUAGAUUGUUUGUGUUGAGUCGGCUCUAUCAGAGCAAGAAACAAGCCCGCGAUGUUCUGGCCACAUGGAAACGCAUAAUUGAAGGCGAGAAAGAUUUUGACUAUGGUGACAAUAUUGGCUUUGUGGAGGGACAGUUGCGGCGGUAUUUGAUGAUGAUCCGAGAUGCGGAAUUGGUCCAAGAUCAUGCUCUCUGGUUGGCUCAGCGCAAUCCCAAACUUGCUGUGGAGAUCUUGACCGAUGAUGGUGCACGAGUCAAGUUCGAUCCCCAACAGGUAGUCACAUUGCUUAAACAGCGGGCACCAGGAGCAGGUCAACAAUACUUGGAGCAUCUUGUAUUUGGCAAAGGUCUAGAUAAGUAUGCUGACGAUUUGAUCGGCUACUAUCUUGAUUCUGUCCUCACAGUACUGGAAGAAUCAGAGGCAGCACGGACGUCACUGGCAGAAAGCUAUUCCACCUACCGAGCGCUUGAAACCCCGAAACCUACUUACCUUGAUUUCAUCAAUCAAAACGCACCGCCAGAGCAGUGGUGGCGAUCGCGGCUUCGUCUGCUUCAAUUACUGGGUAGUGGCGCUUAUGCCAGUACUAGCACAUCAGGUAAAGAUCUCACAUACUCGGUCCCGAUAGUGCUGGAGCGCAUGGCGCCAUUCUCCUCUUACCUGGUAUCCGAAUCCAUCAUCCUCGACGCUCGACAAGGCCGGCACAAGGAAGCCCUUCGAUUGCUGACCCAUGGUCUCGGCGACUUCGAUACCGCAAUCCGCUAUUGCUACUUUGGUGGGCCCGCUCCUCCGCAUUCACAAACAAUUGAUGCCAGCGCACUUCCAUCUCGCGAGCAGCAAUCUGAGCUCUUCGACUUUCUCUUUCACGAGUUCAUCAACAUAUCAGAUGUUGAAGACCGUCUUGAGCGCACGAGUCAUCUGCUGGGCAAGUUCGCGACUUUCUUCGAUCCACUGUCAAUUCUUCAGGAUGUCCCUGAUUCAUGGAGCGUUGAAAUGCUGUCGGAGUUCCUGGUCCGCAGCUUCCGGGCCGCAACUACGGAACGCAACCAGGCCAUCAUCAUCAAGGCGCUGAGCGCUGCACAGAACCUGCAGAAGCAGGUCGAGUUCAUUGAGGCAUGCGAGAAAAUUGGUGCAAGCUUCGAUAGGGACGGGGGAAGUGGUAGAUCUGGCACAAUCAAUGGUACUAUCGCCGACGUCGAGAUGGAUCUUGAUGUUCGAGUUUCUUGA